ACAGCUGAUACAUUUUAAAGAAAGUGAAAGUUCAAUUUAUUAAUUAUGGUGAUAAAUCAAAAUGAUAGACAGCUACAAGUAACAUAAGCUUGUGGAUAUAAAAAGUAUAUUAUAGUGUUUGUUGUUUCAGUAAAUAAAAAGAAAUGAAGAAACAAAAUGAUAAGGAUCUGAUAUAAUAUAAGUUAGUGUCUUGUUACAGUAUAAAUUUAUCGCAAAAGCUAAUAAUUAUGUCCACAGAGGCGGAAUUUCUCGGCGCCUAUGAGCGCAUCAAAGCCUUCAACCAACGUAUACUCGCUUGUUUAGAAGAAGGCAUCGCCCAUGAAGAGCACGAAAGGCCUCUGGAGGCGAUUGCCGCAUACGAAAAUUGCUUACAACAAAUUGAAGAAACAUUUGGGUUGUCUGUUGGACUACCGGAUAAUGUCGAUGCUGUUGCUGCAGAGUGGAAGGAAGCUUGUACUAUAGUACAAAGAUUGAAGAGUGCCAAAGUUGAAGUAAAUUAUCGUUUGAAAGUGUUAAAAGUCAAAAACUCCCCUGUUGAUACUGCUGCUGAGGAGGCAAAUGAAACAGUUAUCGUACCGGAAGAUACGGAUGCUGGACCUUCUCCGAAGAAAAGAUCUCUUUUACUUGAAAAUCCUGUGAUUCAUGAGGGCUCUUCUACUGAUAAGAACUUAAAAACUAGCGCCACAAAUAAUUAUCGUAAAGUUUUAUCGGAUCUGAGGCGGGUCAUGGCAGACCCUUUCAGUGUGGGCAUACUCUUUGAUACACUGUUUCAUUCUCAAGCAAAAUUGUAUAAGAUUCAACCUGAUGGUGUUGUUGUUACUAUGGGCGAAACUUCCAUGUCACUGGUUAUGUGCACUACUCCAAGUAGCGAUCAAUGGAAACAUUUGAAUGGCAUCUCGUUUGUACAAUGCACAAUUCCUACGAAUCAAUCUAUGGAUAAAAAUGAUAAGGACCAAAUUCAUGUACCAACAAAUGAGUCACCGCAAAUGAUUUGGCUCUAUGUUCUUCUACCAACAAUAACUACUUGUUAUAGGACAAAUUAUGGAGCUUUUAUUCUGCCAGAUUUGGAAAUUGAUGAGCCCGGACAUGCGUUUGGACUAAUGCUUAUCGAAGAGCAGAGCACUGUUGAUGGUGGCGCUGAGCAGGCGGCUGCACAGCCAGAGGAGCCAGAAGAAUUGAGUGACUUACAGCAGUUCUUCUUGGAUCUACUCGAGGCGGUACUUUCUGGCCGUGUUGAACUUUUACAACAACCAAUAGUGACGCCGAGAGUGCCACGUGAUACCAGCGAACAGGUCUCGCGCCACAUCGUCACGGCAGCCGAUUUCAUAGCGCGCAAUCUGGUGCGCGGUGCCGAGAAGACGGGUGAGUUAAUGGUAAAAACCACACCGUAUAUCAUUUCGAAAAUGAAUGCCGCACCACCAGAUGCGCCGCCAGUCUCGUCGACAGUGCAAACAUCAGUGACGGUGGCACGGGAUGUGACGCAUGCAGCUGCCGGAGUCACCGGUUGGAUAGCCGGCAAAGUGGGUUCCGCCUCGAUGGCUAUUGGUCGCUACUUGGCACCUCAUGUACAAAAUGCUGGCUCUACAUUAUUACAGAAGGGUCUUGGUUACGAAACUAGCGAAGCAAAUAGUAAAAUGGAAGGUGCAAUGACAAUAGCCGCCGGCGCGGUAGAGGGUUUCAGCACUAUUUACAAUGGACUCGAAACAUCAGCCAAAAUAUUGGGCACCAAUUUGAGCGAAAACUCUGUGAAGAUUAUACAGCAUAAAUAUGGCACUUCAGCUGGUGGCGUCGCUGCUGGCACCUUUGAUACACUUGGCAACGCGUUUAAUGUAAGUAAAAAUGUCAACUACAUUACCCCAAAAGGUCUGGCCAAAAAGAUGGCGAAAAAUACAGGCAAGGCCGUGAUCGAUGAUUAUAAAACUAAAUUACGAAACACGGAAACACAUUUUGUGACGGCAGGAGCGCUUUAUCCGGAUUUACGUACUUUAAAGGAAAAAUAAAAUUUUUAAAGCCGAAUUGGAUAUUAUAUAAUGUACAAGAAUACUGAUUAAUUUUUUCCUAGUGCAUUUUAUCGCUCAACAGUCGAAUAUUCGUAAAUAUAUUAUAUAUUAUGAUAGUUUAAGUUAAACGGUAUUUUCAAGAUUUCCAUCAAUUUGAUAUUAUGUACUAUAUAUUACUAUUAUAAAAUCUUUAGACAGUCUCGAAAUGAGAAUUUUCAUUCCAAGAAGUCGAUUGAAUAACGAGGAGAAGUGCAUUAUUAAGAAUAUGCUUUGUUAUUUACUGAUAUGGAUACUGAUACUCAAUUAAAAAUUAUAUUAUUGAAAUUAACAAACAGAAUAUUUUUUUAUGUAUGUAUGUACCUUCAGCCUGGGGACAAUUUUAAAAGAAUGGGAGCUUUGGUAAAGCCAAUCCGUUAUAUUCGGUAUAACAAAAAUAAGUAGUGUUCACCAGUGGUGCGGGUACGAGCCGGUGUCUGUUCGACCCUAUGAUUAAGAACCAAAUAGAGUAAAAGCAUAACAUAUUAUAGCGGCCAUAUAAAAGUGCGAAAGAUUGAUAUUGAUUUGUCUCCUAUUUCUGUUUUUAUAUAAUUAUAAAAUUUCAAACAAAUAAAUUUUAUAAGUUUAUUAUUAUAUAAGCAAUGUAUUCAUGAGUCUGUGUGUCAAAUAAAAUGAUUAUAUUUUA